AUGGAAAGCACUUACUUCAUUCUGUUCUGCUCCAUUUUGAUGCUUUUCGCCUAUACAAAUUUGGCAAAUGCAAUUGAUACUAUAACUGUUAAUCAAACAAUUAGAGAUGAUGAUAACAGCACCAUCAUGUCGGCUAAAGAAACUUUUCAAAUGGGAUUCUUUAGCCCUGGUAAUUCAAAGAGUCGGUUUUUGGGCAUAUGGUACAAAAAUAUAGCCAAUCUGACUGUUGUCUGGGUUGCUAAUAGAGACACGCCACUUACUGAUACAUCAGGCAUGCUCAUGAUUGACGCUAAUGGAGUUUUAGUACUCAUUAAUGGUGACAAUAAAAUAAUUUGGUCAUCCAACUCAUCAAAUACUGUGAUGAGUCCUGUGGCACAAUUGUUAGAUACAGGAAAUCUUGUGAUCAGGUAUGCGAAUGACAGUUAUCCUGAAGAUUUCCUCUGGCAGAGUUUUGAUCACCUUGGCGAUACUAUUCUACCAGGCAUGAAGUUUGGCUGGGACUUGGUGAAACACGUAGAAAGGUAUCUCAUAUCCUGGAAAAGCCCGGAUGAUCCAUUUCCAGGCAAUUACACAUAUGGAGUCUAUCUAAAAGGAUAUCCACAGCGAGUUGUAUGGAACGGUUCAGCUAUGAGAUUCAGGUUUGGACCAUGGAAUGGUGUUCAGUUUGGUGGCAAGUCUAAUUUGAUGCAGAAUAUGGUUUUCACAUAUGAUGUUGUGUCUGACGAAAAGGAUUUGUAUUACAUGUUUAAACUUCUCAAUAGUUCUGCUGCGAUGAGAAUGAUCUUAAAUUCAUAUGGAGAUCUAAAAAUUCUUACAUGGACUAACAAUAUGCAAGGUUGGGAUAACACUGUGACUCUGCCAACAGAUAAAUGCGACGACUUUGCAUUAUGUGGGGCAUCUGGUAUUUGUAACAUUACUGAGAAAAAUUAUGGACGUGACAUCUGCGGGUGUUUGGAUGGGUUUGAGCCAAAAUUUUCAGAAAAAUGGAGGUUAGCAGAUCAUUCUGAUGGUUGUGUUCGCAAAUCUAAGUUGAUGUGUGGGAAUGAAGAUAGUUUUCAGAGUUACCCCAAUCUCAAAUUUCCAGAUACUCGAAAUUCAUGGUUUGAUCGUCUUAACCUAGAGGAAUGUGCAGCUAAGUGCUUGAAGAACUGUUCAUGCACAGCAUAUGGAAAUAUUGAUGUAAAAGAAGGUGGAAGUGGAUGCUUAUUGUGGUUCAGUGACCUGCUUGAUAUCAGAGAAUAUCUGGGAAAUGUUCAAGUUCUUUAUGUAAAAAGGGCUGCUGGAGAAUUAGGAAGAAGCACAAUUGGAAGAGCAAAGAAGCCGCUAUGGAUUAUUAUCAUUGCUGUAUUAGUUAUAGUAACAAUAUUCCUAAGCCUCUUUAUAUCAACUGUGUAUCGAAAACGAACUCUGACAGGAAAAGGUGAAUCAACACAUAAUAGUGAGAAGAAAGGUCUGGAAUUACCAUUGUUUGACUUGGUAACAAUUGCUGAAGCAACAAACGAUUUCUCGGAAAACAAUAAGCUUGGAGAAGGCAGCUUUGGACCUGUUUACAUGGGAAUCUUGGAGGAAGGAAAAGAAAUAGCAGUAAAAAGGCUCUCAAAGACUUCUAAACAAGGACUAUACGAGUUCAAGAAUGAGGUUUUAUGUAUUUCUGAACUUCAACACCGAAAUCUUGUGAGGCUUCUGGGAUGCAGCAUUGACGAAGGAGAAAUGCUACUGAUUUACGAAUACAUGCCCAACAAAAGCCUUGAUUUCCAUAUAUUCAACAAGGAACGAAGCAGAUCUCUGGAUUGGCCAAAGCGCUACAACAUUAUAUAUGGGAUAGCUAAGGGCCUUCUCUAUCUUCACCAAGACUCUAGGAUACAGAUCAUCCAUAGAGAUCUCAAAACUGGGAAUAUACUACUAGACCAUGAGAUGAAUCCAAAAAUCUCAGACUUUGGCACCACUAAGAGUUUCUGGGGAAGUGAAAGUGAGGCAAAUACAACAAGAGUUGUCGGAACAUUUGGCUACAUGUCUCCAGAGUAUGCACUAGAUGGAAUUUUCUCUUUUAAGUGUGAUGUUUAUAGCUUUGGGGUAUUAGUGCUAGAAAUUAUAAGUGGAAAGAGAAUGAAAGACAGACCAAGCAUGGCUGUUGUGUCACUAAUGUUAAGUAGUAAAUGUGAGAUACCUGAGCCUAACCAGCCUGGUUUUUCCACAGAGAGGAAACUUCUUGAUUCAGAUUCUUCAUCCUCUUUGAUAUGUCCGUCUCAAACCGAGCUUUUAAGGGCUAUUUCGAAUUCGGCUACACGCUCUAUCCCUAAUGGGCCUCUCUUCCGUCAAUAUCACCCUAAUGAGCUUAAGGAAAGGGACCAGGGAGUUUUGAGUUUAAUUCUUCUUACAAUGGCUGAAUCUAUCCAAGGGAACAACUCGUUUGACUCAGCCCGUAUCCCUCUGAAGCAAAAACGAGGUCACCCACAAAAAGAUGAAAGCUUAUAUCAUGCAUGUAGGUCAAGCAGUUACAGGCUUACAGCUGUUGUGGAGUCGGAAUUUGAUGAUGGUUAUGUGAUUACUGGUAAAAUUGGCAACUCAGAUCUAAGGGGUGUUCUUUUCAAGCCUGGACAUUAUGCUCCUGUGACGGCAGAAAAUGAUGUGGCCCCGCAUCUUUCGAUGAUCAGAGGAAAGGAGACUCCUCAUGCAACUCAAAAAAGGAGUGAUGCUCGUCAGAGGAGACCUAAAGAGAGUCAUCAGCGGAGAGCUAAUUAUCUAGGAAAUGGCUCAUCUGCACAUCCUCUGGCUGCUAAUUUGUUGACCAGAAGAGACAUAACUGCAACUGUGACAGCUCCUUCAGUUGAAGAAAGAGGCACUGUGGUUCCUGUUGUUCUUGAACCAGGUAAUGCAGUUGCAGAGCAAGAUGCUCUUAUGGCUGCUUCGAAAGGCAAGAACAUGCACCGCCAACUACAUAUAAACUGA